GCCAGUUUGGAAAUAUUCUUUCUAAAUCCAAUUAAUGCUGCCAAGAACACCUCUGGCAGCAUCUAGCAUUCAUUAAAUCCACCUUGUGACUAAGAUCUCUCACUCUUUUCAUCGUAUUAAAUUAACUAUCCCUCCAUUCCAUUUUCCUCUAUCAGAUUGUGCACACUGCACACUCAAAACUUGAUCACCAACAAAACAAUGAUGCAAGACUCAAUUGGGGUCCCUGCUUGCUUUUCUUCAGCAGAAAAGCAGCAUAGCGAAGAUCACGGGGCUGUGACUCGUUCAGGUCAGAGCGUCUAUAUGUCUGUGUAUAGAACAAAGGUGGCUGAUCAGUGCCGUUUGAUCACCAUCACAUGGUGCAAGAACCUCUUGCUUCACGGGCUUUCGGUGUCAGUGGAAGGCCCAGAAGGAGAGGAACAGUACACAUGCAAGGUUGAGCUGAAGCCGUGGUACUUUUGGAGGAAACAAGGUUCCAAGCGCUUUGUGGUAGAUGGUAAAGCUGUUGAUGUUUUCUGGGACCUUAAGGCUGCCAAGUUUAACGGCGAAACGGAACCAACCUCGGAGUACUACGUGGCAGUGGUUUGUGAUGACGAGGUUGUGCUGCUUCUUGGUGAUCUCAAGAAAGAGGCGUACAGAAGGACGGGGUGUAGACCAGCACUUAUUGACCCCAUUUUGGUUUCGAAGAAAGAGCACAUUUUUGGGAAGAAGAAGUUCUCCACUAGAGCCAAGUUCCACGAGAAGGGUAGGUGGCAUGAGAUUUCAAUCGAGUGCAAGAACAAGGGAAGUGGCGAUUCUCCAAGUGGGGUUCAGCCAGAGAUGGAGAUAAGGAUCGAUGGGCACUUGGUGAUUCAUGUCAAGCACUUGCAGUGGAAGUUUAGAGGCAACGAGUCGAUUCAUCUCAGCAAGAUGAGAGUAGAGGUAUACUGGGAUGUUCAUGAUUGGCUUUUUAGUCCUGGUUUAAAGCAUGCUUUAUUCAUUUUUAAGCCAAUUUUGUCAUCGUCUAGUACCACUACUACUUCUUCUAUGUCAUCUUCAACGUCACCUUCGUUAUCAUCCUCAUCACCUCCACUAUCUAGUGAUCAGUCAAGGGGUUCUGGAUCAGUGGAGGGUUUUAGUGUUAGUGGGACAUCAGAGUUUUGCUUGUUUCUCUAUGCUUGGAAGGUUGAGUGAAGGGACCAUGUUAACUUAAUAGUAUAUCAUCAUCAACGCCGGAAAAAUAAGGUUGAAAAUGGACUAGGGUCUCCAAGUUAUGGAAUGGUGAGGAUGCAGAUUGAGAUUGGGUUGAGAGAGAGAGAGAAAGGGAAUUGGAUUGAGAAAGAGAAAGGCAUAGUGGGGCCAAACAGUGGCUUGGGAGUUAGUUACAGCUGGGGUUGAGCAAAUGCGCAUAAUUGUGGACAAGACAGAUUGUAUCACGAUCACACACAUGCCCAAUAAUUCUCCAUCUAGAGGCAUCUACAUUUUACCACAUUGGAAAAUGCUCUUUCUUGAUCCGAUCUUGGUAAGAGAGCUGCAUAAUAUGUAUCUUCCAAAAUCUAUCAACCAAGGGUAUAUGUUACCUAAAUUUUGUAUCACACAAAAAAUAUAUAUAUCGACAGAAGAUUUCUACACUGAA